AUGGAAUCCAGCCUGAGCCAAUGUGUUGUGCAGGCGGUCGGCCGUUCUAGUGAGCAAAGUUCUUUGGUUUACAUCCGCUGGAAUCAGCUUCAUGCAGCUCUCACGGAAGCACAUCGCAAGCAUUCGGUCUUUGCUGACAGCAAGAAGCGCGCAUUGCGAGUUGCGAAAGAAGCCCUGCGGGCCGCAGAAGGUUACAUCCAUUGCCAGGGACAGGCCCGAGAUGGAGAUGAAGCAACCCAAACCUGUGAAGGUGAUGUGGCAGAUCUGCAGCUCCAGUGGCAACGCGCUAUUCGACUGCAGGACCAGGUAGGCACUGCCCUGCUGGAAGCGUGGGCUUCGACAUCUGCUGCCAACGAGAUCUUGGAAACCUUUACCAAUCAGGGCCUGCUGCAGGACAUUGCUGCGGCUGCGGCUAUCCACCCAGAACCAACCAGGUCGCCAUGUCCAGCAUUUGAGUCGCUGGUCCAGGUGGCCUAUCGACAUGGCGUCCAGGCAACAGAUGCCGUUCUGUCAAACGUCCUUACACAAGUACUGGUGCUGCACGCGAUCGGGACUUAUCAAAAGAAGGAAUUGAAGAGGAUGAAAUUGGAGGUCACAGGCGGCACAGCUUCCAGCGCUGGCGUGUCGCAGGCCAUGCUGGCCCUGCACGCCGUCGCCUCCAAUGCUGCCCUUGGCACUGAGGCCUUGCAUGUCACGGCACGGGCCCUUGACGUUGUGGGUCCUGCCCUGUGCCCGGCACCAGAAAACGGUGCUUGUGCCGGGACAAUUCUGAAAGCCAACAGCACUGAACCCAGUAUCAUGCUGACUGCCCUGAAGCCGGGUGACAUUCUGCUACAGAAGAAUCCGGUCUCCAUGGUCAAAGCUUGUCUUUCAAAUCCGCCAUCCAACCCCAUGAGCCACAUGGAUUUGAAGAUGGAACAUUCAAAGCUGGUUGCAGAGAAGUCGGAAAGCAGGCAUGCUGAGCCCCACACGGGCGAAGCCGGCUCGAGCAUUCAAUCAAAGCUUCUUGAAAAGUUGGAGCAAAUGGAAGAGGAGAUCAGGGAGAUACAUUCGGAGAUGAAUGAGAUGAAGAGCAUGAAAAAGGAAAAAGUUUCUUCUGUGGGACCUGCCCUCUUGCAGUCAGAGGCUGCAGAAGCUGCAAACUUUUUGCACAGUCUAUGUGAGGGUGACUGCUUGCGAAGUUUUCAACAGAAAUUAGAAAAAGGACACCAGGCGAGUUUUCUUCGUGAAUUCACUGGGUGGUGGAUCAGAAGAGACGCAGAAUCAGGAUGA